GCACAAUAAACGCAUUGGACUUCAAUGAAGUAACACACAACCUAACCCUUCAAAAGUUCAUUAAAUGAUGUCUCAAAAGUUGUACCCCCUUAUUCUACUUCUUAAGGAACAUUAUUAUCUAUCUAUUGGUUAUUACAUAACAGAUAAUAAGGAGUACAUAUCAGUACACACAAUACUUGCUCAAUCCAUUAUAAAUAGGGUUUGAUACCCCAACUCAUCAUCACACCACCACCACACUACACACGACAAUGGAAACAAAAAACAAAUGGAAUGUGGUCACUCAUAGUGGUAGACCACAUGAGGUCUUUUGAGAUCAAGGAUGGCAAGGGCAAAUGAGGCGUCACCCCAGUCCAGAGGACACCGAAUGUAGACUGAGUUUACUGAUGCAGAGAGGGGGAUAGAAUCCAUGCCAUUAUAUACUCCGUAAAAGGCCACAGGUCAAGUUAUGCAAGUCCAAAAUCAAGGAACAUGGCCUUUGUGUGAUUAAAAAUCCUGGUCGAGAUAACUACCAUACAUAUGGAGUACAUGAGCAAAACGCGCGCAAGUGGGAGAAAUUCCAGCAUACAACUUCCUAAACAUAAGAGUGCAUAGUAUAAUAUGUACUUAUAUUGCUUAGCCAAUACAAGAGUGUAAAUUGCUUAGCAUGGAUUACACAAACUCUCAAAAAAGGAUAUUGAUUUUUCUGUAUAUUAUACAAAAGGAAAAGCAUCUAUACGUAUACAAGGUAUGGUUUCUUCGAAAAAAUGAUAUGAAGUAAACUAAUUUAAUUAUUACACGAAAAAGUGUGUUUGUUUGGAUUAAUAAACAUAUACUACUUUUGUAUGUAUACUGCUUUUGUGAGUAUAAUAUGUAAUAUAAUAGAAUAACAAUUUAAUAAUUAUUCAACUAUUACUAACCGAUGGGGGUAUAUAAACUUUUUGGGCAUGAUCACACAGUUUUCAAAAAAAUAUACUAUUGUUUAUUUUCCUAAAGAUAGUAUACAUACGUAUACAAUGGUUUACAAGUAUAUAUAACACUCAUAAGUUCUUAUACAAUACAUAAUAGUAUUCUAAAUAUUAUAUUCACUGUUCAACCUUUUUUAUACAUAAAAAUAAAAAAUUUGUCUCCAUAAGUAAAGGUACAACUAUGAUAGAUCCAAAGGGAUAUGUCGUAUCCUUGCUAAUAUAUGUGUUCGGAAUUUGAAAAAAUUAUAGAAUUACAUAACCACUACAUAUGAUGAUUGAUGGAUAGUCUACCCGGGGUAUGUAUCCGAAGGGUUACUGCGGGGAGUAACUAGAGAGAAGUCAGGGUAAGUAAGAGAGAGAAAGUGUAUUGUAUAUAUGAGUUCAAAGUGUAUUCCGAAUCUGGUUUACAAAGGGGAAAUGGGGUGCUAUUUAUAGUAGCAAUAAAUGCGAGACGGGGACACGUGUCAAGCAUCCAACGGCCGAGGGGUCACAUCAACCGGGUGUCACUGGCAUUCGCAUGUGGCCGCAUUUAAUGCGGUGGUUGGAUGUGACGUUGUACUUGGUACGGCGAUCCAGGCGCAUGUGGAGAGGAUAUUCUUGUCGAGGAAGGUACCCUCGGCUGUAGAUGAUUAGCCGAGGGCUCUUCCUGUCGAAGGCCCCUUUAAGGCUGUGGGCUCCAGGUGUCGAGGGCUACUGUUUUUUGCCGUUUUCUCCCAGUAACUUUGUAUGCUGAAAAUAGCCUUUCUGUGAGUAUCUGGAGCCUUCGGCCAAGGGGCCGAAGGCACCCCCAGUGUGCAUUGUCGGUUGCUUGGUACUCGGGGCACUGUGAUUUGGGCCUGUUGUGCUUACCGGGCCUAUUGGGCCUUGAUUUGAGUAGUAGGAGUCUAUGGGCUGGGGGUCCCUAGGCCAUAUACUCCAUCACGAGUCCAUCACUCCUUUUGCCGAAAGGUACUUGAGGGAAAAGGAGUAAUUGUGUUUGUCCUCUGCCGUUGUUCCGUUGUAGUUUGUAAAGUUGUGAGUAGUUCGUUGUUUGCAUGUUUCUGCCGAGGGCAGUCCCUCAGUUACCCACAUUCCUGGACUUGAGGAAUCAUGUUUGCUGUUGUGGGAGUUUUUUAUAUGUUUGUAUUUUGAGAUUUUUCCCGAAGGGGUCCUCUAGUCCCCCACUCCUUGAGGCACUUGUAAAGUGGUGAGAAGGAGUAGAGUAGUGCUUGCCUGCAAUAUGGUCUCGAGGGGUGACGCUUUUCGUUUCAUUUUGGGGGGAUGCCUCGUUAAAAACCUUAUUAGAAAAAACCCUCUCGGAAAAAAUUCUAAUGAGGGAAAAAGAGUGCACCGAAUUCCCCCAAUGAUGAGUCGAAAAGGUGAAACCCUGGUCUGAAAUGUGUGGCAGUACUCUUGCCGAAGGCUAUCCUUGUCUGAGGGUGCGUGUGUUGCUUUGCCGAAGGCGCGCUUGUUGGUAUCCUGGGAGAUUCCGAAGGGGAGCCCUCAGUUCAUGGGAAUGAAGGCGCGAUGAAUGUAGAUGAUAUUUCCUGUGUUGUCGAGGGGUCCCCUGUUUGUUGAUAAGUUGGGAGCUGUGGUACCCCGGGGAGGUUUCCUUGUUGUGUAGCCGGGGGUAACUGCUGUUGAAGGUGUGCUCCCUGGGGGUUACGUGGUCCUCAAUGUGUUUGAGGGCUGAGUGUUCCCGAGGGGUGUGCCCGUUGUGAAGCCGUGGGCUUCUGAAGGAGUGAGCCCGAAGGCACUUGUGAUGUAGUAUGAGGGGCACAGGGCGGGGGCACCUCUGGAUAAGUGUACCCGGAAGCUCCUCUUGAUGAAGUGGAGUGAGGGAGAAAGCUCGAGAGCUAGUUUUUUGGUUGAUGAAGGAGUGGUCUGUUGAGGGCGUGCCCUUGGGUUCCCCGAAUAUAGUCGUUUUAAUAGAGCCGUUGGAAUAUGUAACGUCGGAAAUAUAGCCGUUGGGGGGGGGGGGGGCUUCCACGUGGCGCGUAUCCACUAGCUGUCUGCGGACGGGUGUUACCGAUUCGGCGAAACAACGGUAAGUAAUGAUGACUCUGUAACCGGAGGCCCAGUUUUCAGGCCCAAGCCCGGAUCUGGGCGCCUAUAAAUACCCCAAGGUCAGGCCAUUUCCCCUUUACGCAUCCUUGUUGCAACGAAGUGCUGGCAAAAAGUUUCUAGAGAGAGAAAAUUCCCUUUGGUCAAACCCAACUUCCCAAAGGUCAGUUCUUGCUUCACUCUUUGCUCCUUAGUAUUCUUAGCCUUGUGGCCUUAGGUUAAGCGUUAGAGCUCUCUAGAAAACCUUAAGGAGCCCUACUUCCUUAGUAAAAAUGUCGUCUGCAAGUGAUUCCUAAGACAUCUCGAGGGAGCCCUCGGUCGAGGAUGAAGUCAUCUCCGAUUUGGAGUCUACCAGUGAGCAGCCCUCGACUGGUGAUGAUGCCGCCCUGGCCAUGGAGGUACAGAAAGAUCUGGUGGCGGAGGCUAAGGCGGAGGACUUUGAGCAAGUAAAUGAAGACGAGGAGCUGGCUCUCGCCGUUCAAGUCGCUGAAGAAAAGGAGCAAAAGGAAAGCAGGAAGGUCACCGUCGCUAUUCUUCCCCCUCGCGAUGCCGGUGAAGCCAGCACCUCUCGGCCAUUGAACAUGACACCUCUUCGGGUGGCCCCCGGGAAGAAGAAGGCGAAGGCUGCCGCUCCCAAGAAGAAGGGCAGCGUUGCUGACCAAGGGAAACCCUUCGAUAUGCCCGAGGGUUAUUCCUUCCUUAAUACCGCCGCCCUCGAGAUAAAGUCGAAGGCUGAUGGGGCGGACUACUAUGUGACCCAGCUUCAUGUGGGGCCCUCGGCGACGGUGGUACAGCCUGGUCCAGAAGACGUCCUCUCCCGGGAUCCUGAGGGGUGUAUAGCAGUGCACAUAUUGUCGGUGUCAAUGGGCCUCCGGUUCCCUCUACACCCUUUUCUUCGUGAGUACCUUCGGUAUGUAGGUUUGCUUCCCUGCCAGCUCACGCCAAAUAGUCACUCGUAUAUCACGGGGUUCCUCCAUCUCUGUAAAUCCCGGGGGGUAACACCUAGCCUGGACUUAUUUUUUCAAAGCUUCAACUUGUGCCGAGGGGGGGGGGCAUGCGAACGCCGAGGGGUUUGCGAUUCUACAGCAGGUAUCCCAGUUCAAGCUGUUCACAGAGGCAUUACGUGAAGUUGGAUGAGUGCCCGUUCCCGAGGGAGUUGCGGGACCGCUUCUGACGACAUCCAAAGAUCAGGAGUGUUGCCCUCGAGAAAGAUGGCCUGAUCUGGGCAAAAAUCCUGGAGGGCCGAAACAAAAAUAUAGCCAUCAAAGAGUGCACCCUAGAGAAGGAUUUGCAUGCCCUCGGGUUCCGGCGGUAUCGUUUUCUUGGGGAGACCAACGAGAAGUACCCUGAGUUGGACAGAGCCUUCGAGGGAGCUGGAGGUUGGUGCCAAGGGCGCUGAGUUUUUGUACUUGGAAUUUUUUUUGUAUUUUUCGAUUGCCUAUUCACGCUUUCUACCCCUCGGUCUAACUGUUUUUUGUUGUUUGGAGGCGCUAAUAUGGACGCAGGGAAACUCUUCACCAUGAAGAAGAAGAAGGGCAAGGCCCAGGCUCAGAAGAAGGACCCUUCGGGCCAGCAGCCCGUUGAGGCCUUCUUUCAGAAGGAGAUACCGGAGCCCUCUGUUGUGGCUGUCGUUGCUGAUGUGGCCGGGGGGCCACGAAAAAGAAGAAGGGCAGCAAGGGGGUAGAGCCCCCUGCCAAGAAGCAGAAAGGUCCCGGGGAUGUUGCUGAGAAGGCGGCCCCCGUAGUGAUCAUAGAGGAUCAUUCCUCUCUCGAGCCCCCGGUUGUCACCGCGGUGACAGCUCAGACGGACCUUCCCCCGGGGGACUUUCCCCGAGAGACUCUGCAACUCUCCCUUGCUCCGGAAGCUUCCGUGAUGCACGGCUCGGCCGAACCGAAGGCAUUCCUGAGGGGGGAUCACUUCGGUGAUGGAUAAGGCGGCCCUCUCGACCUAUGACGACGAGGCCCUCAAGAGCAAGAUCUUCCGAUCUUCUCUAACUGCUUGCAUAGCCCUCAGAGAGCAUGCACGAAAGCUCGAGCAGUGGUGCCUCCACAAGGUGGAGCAAGAUGAGAAGAUGAAGGAGCUCAUCCUCAAGAACUCUGACGCUGUGAAGCAGAUGGCUCAGCUGGAUGAGAACCUUCGGAAGGCUACCGAGAGGGCUGAGCAGAGGCUAAAAGCUACCGUGGAGGAGGCCAAACUUGAAGCUGAGAGGGUUGCCGCCGAGGCCUCAAAGAAAGCUGCAGAGGAGGCGGAGUCUGCUAAGGCCGAAGUCGUCGCCAAAGCUAGAGAGGAUGUCGUCGCUGCAUUCCUUGCUGAGGGGUGGAUGGCCGAGGGCCAGAAUGAGUGGGUCACCUCGGUAGUAAAGGCCAUGGUGGAUGACUGGGUGAAGGGCCCCGGGUCUGAUUGGAUGGCUGAAAGGGGGGAUAGCUUUUAUCAAGGGGGUGAAUUCUUCACCCAGCAUUUGAUCUACCGGAGGCUCGCUGGGCACUUCGCCGUAUCCCUCGAGCAAUUCGACACGUCGGUGUACGGCCUCCCUCCAUUGCAGCCAGAUGUGAGGGUCCCCCUUCCCUCGAGCGUGGAGAGGCCGGUGAUUCAUGACUCCAUGAUGAUGGGCGGAGAUGAUGAUGAUGAUGCCAUCGGGGAAGAGGUAUCCUCAAAGCCUGCUGAGGAAGAAAAAGCUGAAUGGUUCUGUACUUAGAUAAUUUUUGAACCAUCUUUGUAACAAACAUCCAGGAUCCGUCGGCUUCGGCCAAUUAUGUAACAGACAUCUCUUGACAUUACUUCAUGGUUUUUUUGAAUGGGUGAAUGCCUGCCUUCG